AUGAUCUCCACAGCCCCUGAGCAGGCGGUGACGGCGUGGCUCGCGCUCGACCCCGCGGACGAGGACAACGGCUGCCUGCGCUAUGUGCGCGGCUCGGCCGCCGGCGGCGUGCGAGCGCACCGCUAUAGCGGCGUGAUCGGCUUCUCGCAGACGCUGGACGCUGCCGCGGACGCCGCCGACGCGCAAAACGAGUUUGCGUUGCCCGCGGCGCCGGGCGACUUGCUGCUCCACACGGCGACGAUGGUGCAGCCGAUGUAUGGCGGCGCGGCGCGACUGGCGGGCGCUGCCACCCUGCCAAGUGGAGGCAAGGUUUGA